AUGACGUGCAUCAUUGUUCGCUUCAAAAAUCUCAAAGGAUUAGUGAAAGAGGCAAUGGCUCGCAGCUCAGACCAACCGGAGCAAAUCCGUGAGACUGAGUCUCGCAAACGCGCACCCGUUGACAGUCAUCAGAGCAAUGGGGACGCUCCAAAUGGUCACGAGUCUGUUGAUUCAGCAAAAUCCUCGGAAGUGGUACAGGCCAAACGACCAAAACACGAUUCCAGUGAGUCAUCUCUGACCACCGUGGUCAGUAAUGGAAGUUCGGCCUAA